CACCAAGCUUGGGGAAGACGCACUUAGAACAUCCCACCACUCCUGGGACUGCACCUGCAACAGAUGCCACGGCAGAACAUGCAACAGAGACAGGUGGCCCAACUGAGCUCCAACAUCAAGCAAGCACUGAGCAAACAGCAAGCCGGAAUCAACAAACUCCACAAGAGCAAGGAGAACAGCAAGGCAAAGCAUCAGAGCAGCCAGAAGCAGCCAAAGUAGAAGCAAGCAGCCAACCGGCCAAGAGUGCGACACCUGCAGCACCAAGCUUGGGGAAGACGCACUUAGAAAAUCCGACCACUCCUGAGACUGUACCUGCAACAGAUGCCACGGCAGAACAUGCAACAGAGACAGGUGGCCCAACUGAGCUCCAACAUCAAGCAAGCACUGAGCAAACAGCAAGCCAGAAUCAACAAACUCCACAAGAGCAAGGAGAACAGCAAGGCAAAGCAUCAGAGCAGCCAGAAGCAGCCAAAGUAGAAGCAAGCAGCCAACCGGCCAAGAGUGCGACACCUGCAGCACCAAGCUUGUUGAAGACGCACUUAGAACAUCCGACCCCUCCUGAGAUUGCACCUGCAACAGAUGCCACGGCAGAACAUGCAACAGAGACAGCACCAAGCCUGGGGAAGACGCACUUAGAACAUCCCACCACUCCUGGGACUGCACCUGCAACAGAUGCCACGGCAGAACAUGCAACAGAGACAGGUGGCCCAACUGAGCUCCAGCAACAAGCAAGCGCUGAGAAAGCAGCAAGCCAGAAGCAACAAGCUCCACAAGAGCAAGGAGAACAGCAAGGCGAAGCAUCAGAGCAGCCAGAGGCAGCCAAAGUAGAAGCAAGCAGCCAACCGGCCAAGAGUGCGACACCUGCAGCACCAAGCCUGGGGAAGACGCACUUAGAACAUCCGACCCCUCCUGAGACUGCACCUGCAACAGAUGCCACGGCAGAACAUGCAACAGAGACAGGUGGCCCAACUGAGCUCCAACAUCAAGCAAGCACUGAGCAAACAGCAAGCCAGAAGCAACAAGCUCCACAAGAGCAAGGAGAACAGCAAGGCAAAGCAUCAGAGCAGCCAGAAGCAGCCAAAGUAGAAGCAAGAAGCCAACCGGCCAAGAGUGCGACACAUGCAGCACCAAGAUUGUUGAAGACGCACUUAGAACAUCCGACCCCUCCUGAGACUGCACCUGCAACAGAUGCCACGGCAGAACAUGCAACAGAGACAGGUGGCCCAACUGAGCUCCAGCAACAAGCAAGCAAUGAGCAAACAGCAAGCCAGAAGCAACAAGCUCCACAAGAGCAAGGAGAACAGCAAGGCAAAGCAUCAGAGCAGCCAGAAGCAGCCAAAGUAGAAGCAAGCAGCCAACCGGCCAAGAAUGCGACACCUGCAGCACCAAGCCUGGGGAAGACGCACUUAGAACAUCUGACCACUCGUGAGACUGCACCUGCAACAGAUGCCACGGCAGAACAUGCAACAGAGACAGGUGGUCCAACUGAGCUCCAACAUCAAGCAAGCACUGAGCAAACAGCAAGCCAGAAGCAUCAAGCUCCACAAGAGCAAGGAGAACAGAACAGUGAAGCAUCGCAGCCAAGGCAAGCAACCAAAGCGGAAGCAGCUAAACUAUCUUUCAUUAGAGAGAUGCAGCUGCAGCAGCAGAGGGCACAAUCAGCAAGCAUUAAGCGAGCAUACUCUCGAGCAAGUCAGGGCAGCACUGUAUCAAUCAGCAGCAGCAGCAGUGGUGUCAAAGUAGAAGUGAAAGAUGAAGUCAUAAGCCCAAUGCAGCCACAGCAUGUUUCAAAAAGGCGAAGAAAAAGCAGCACGGCAACCAUGCCCACACCAUGGCAGAUAGCAGUGCAGAAGCCGUUGCAAGACCCUGCUAUCAAACGUGAGCCUACAUCACCGCUCCCAUCUGUAGAGGAUGUGAUGUUAUGCAAAGAUGUGUUGGAAGAAUUGGAACAAGAGGCAGCAAAGAAACGCAGAAUCGAUGAAGCCUUGGCUGCAAAGGUUUCCCAUAUGUCUUCUUUGCAGGUACCUCCAACACCUGGAUGCACGCAGCAGCAUGAAAACGGCACCCCAAGCCCCAGUAAAGACACAAAAGUUCAGUGCAUCAUGCUUCCAGAGAGCACUUGGGAGAAAAUGAAACAGAACAGUGGAGGCUACUUUUUGCGGGGUUAUGCCCUGAGACAUGUUCCGCAAAAGCUUUUUGUCCUGGUGAAUGUGGGUGAUGGCACCAGCUGUCACUAUGUGGGCCAAAUCAAUGUGUCCAAGACAGUGGAAUUGAACCGAGCUUGUCACGUGAGACAGUAUGAGACAAACCACAGCGAGGCUAAGUUCUGGAUUGACAAAAUCAAAGCUGAAAAGCUUGUGUUUGCCUGGAAAAUCAACAAGAUUAAGGCCUUGAAGGCACCAACGACAGUUCGAUUCACUGCUGCAAGGUUCAGGAAUAGGCACUUCACAUGCCUCAAAUCACAGCUCAACCAAGGGAUUAUGGGCUUAACAAUGCCCAAACCCUCUUUGUUUUCAACCCCUGCCUGGUUUAUCAACCUUCUGCCUACAGAGAACUACAAGCACCUUCAGGAAGUUGCUACAGAGCUAGACGGCACUGAGCUUCGCGUAGGUACAGCCUGUUCUGGCGUUGACGUGUGUGUGGAUGCCAUUCGGGGCCUCAUUGAGGGAAUCAACCAUGAGUUUGGAGUUGCUUGGCUGCAAUUCCGAAUCUGUCUGGGGUAUUAA